AUGGCGAGACUUCGUUUCAUCUUUAACAUAGUCAAAGUUUUGCGAUUUCCUUUGCACUUUUUUGGGCUUCUUCAGUUGAGGUUCAGUAACUCUCAAAGGAUAUAUCAGCAAAAAGCAAACUUGUGCCGAUUUCUACCUGCUAUUUUUAUCACGUUGAUAUUGGUCAUCCAUCAGUUUGUGAGUUAUCAUUGGGAAAGGGAAAGUCAACUGGUUAACUCCUUGAAUAUUGAGAAGAGACCUCUAAGGAGUGAAAUCAAACUAUGGAGCGAGAAGCUAACUAGCAUCUAUAUCUUCCUGACUCUAAUUUGGUCUUUGGCCAAAAAGAAUUAUCUGUGGAAAGUGGUAAAUGAAGGACAAUCGGCAUAUAAGCAGUUGAAAGCUCUGCUGGGAAAACAUUUAAUCCUGGAAUGUUCCUGGUUGGUUCUCAUCUACGGAAUACUCUUGCUUCUCUUACUGAAUGUGUUUGGAGCGACAAUUUUAUAUUUCAACUGGCCUAAAAUGAGUGGCGAACCCAAAACCAUCACCCUUGCUGAAAUAUUUCAAGUUACCAACUACCUAAUGGGACUACCCCGAUUGAUGUUUGUUCUUAUAUGGGCGCUGCACAUUCUUUAUCAUCUGAUAAAUGCAGGAUGGCUUGAAACCUUAAGGGAGUUAAGUUUACAAAGGAAUUUAAAACUGUUUCAGUUCAAUCUUCGUUAUCUGUUUUCGGUUCACAAGCACAUGAACAUCUUCGCUGGGCAUUACUUCAGAAUGUCUUAUGUAUGCUUCCUAUACAUCAUGUAUUUUCGAAUAGCAGAACUCCUUCAAUAUUUCCGAUUUAAUGCCAUUGAGCUUGUGCAGAAGCAAAAGAGCCAAGAGGAUCUGGAAGAUGAAGCCUUUUGGAAUGGACAAGAGAGCAUACAAAAUCUUGGAAAUCCUAUCAUGAAAUCUGUACUCAUCUUAUCCUGGCAUUUGGCUUUGUGGAUGCUGCUACUCGCUGCAGCUAAUGUACAUCAGGAGAAGUAUUUCAACUUGAUGGCAAAAAGCUGGAAUUUCAAAGCAGAUGAAAGUUGCGAACUGAAGGAAAUUCUGGCUGGAAAUGGCUGGAAGCGUCUUACCUUUAAGCAGUUGGAUAUCCUGGAUGUAAUGUGCCUUUCAGGAAUCUCAAUUUGCGACCGUCAACCUGUUUCGAUUUGCUUUUUGGCCAAUAAGUUAAGAAUAAACAGAAGCAGCUAUAUUAACUUAAAAACCAUAACAGGACACUUCAGGCUCCUUUUAAAUCUAGUAAUUUCCGCUGGCAUGGUCUACUUUAUCCAGCAAAUGGAACUCAGGCAACUGCAAGGAUACCGUAUACAGGAAUCAUUAUAA